AUGCGAUAUUGCUGCGGAUUUCAUAAUAAGUCUACUCGUAGAACAUUUCUCCAAAGAUUUUUUGCUGUUGCUAUUGUGCUGGCCAUCUUGCUAACAGUAAUAAUCAUUAGAACGUCAACUUUGAUCAGCUACCGAGAUCCAAACAUCCGUGGCGAGUCACUUUAUGUGGCCGCUUCUGUAAUGGAUGUCAAUUUUAACGAAAAAUCCUACAAAGUUCAUUUCCUCAUUCAACCAAAUGGAACCCUAGCAAACGCCUAUGGUCAAUUAAGUCAACCUAUCAUUGUAUCUUUUCCUUCAGGUGGAAGUCAUCGAUUCGAAGCAGGAGACACGGUUGAUCCGAUUAGAGUGGAAUUCAGCUAUGAUUUUGGUACUGAAAUGGACUACCCAUUCGAUCAAUACUCAGGCUACUUUGAGCUGUAUGCCUCUUACGCAAACGACACCAUACAGGGAAUUCCAAUCACCUUUCACCUUGAAGCAAGCCUUUCUUCGUUUAGUUUUACGCCAACUCUUGAAUCACUGCCAAACGAGCCGGAUAGAGUCGGUCUUAAGAUUGUCACUGGUCGAUCGACGACUACCCUUGGAUUCAGCAUAUUUGUCUGUACGCUGAUGUGGGCCCUUACACUAAUCAUGAGUUUAUUUGGGUACCAGGUUGCAGUAAAAAAAAGAAGAGUAGAUGCUCACGCGUGCAUGAUUGGGAUAACUAUGCUGUUUGCUCUUCCUGCCCUGAGAUCUGCCCAACCUGGUAUUCCUGAAGUAGGCUGUACAUCAGAUGUCCUUGGUUUUUAUUGGAAUAUGGCUAUUAUAGCGUCAGCCAGUAUUACAGUGAUCGUGUGCUGGGUCGCACGUUGGAACGAGACAUAUGACAUACAUGAACAGUCGCAUAGCCAUGCCAAUCCUACAGAAUUGCCUAAGCAAGGGAGUGCGCAGCAUAUUGAGCAUGUUGUCUGCAUGCCUGAUGCCGAUGACUACCCUAGCGAAAUGGACUUGUCAAGAUCCUCUACAUGCAAUAUUGGGACAGGUGCUAUGGAACAGAGGACAAAAAUUGAUAUGUGUACUUCUUCGUCAUCUUCAUACUUACCACGGAAAUAA